AUGUCGCUCAAUAUCCCAAACGCCCCAAAUGCGGGCUUAUUUAAGGGAGGAUAUCAAAACUACGACUCUGAAGAUGGCGCUGUUCUUCGCAACAUCGAUGCUUGCCGCACGAUCACUUCGACUGUCCAAACUUCCUUAGGGCCUUAUGGCCGGAAUAAAAUUGUUAUCAACCAUUUACAGAAGAUGAUCUUAACCUCCGACGCCGCAACUAUCCUAAGGGAGCUCGACGUUGUCCACCCAGCUGCGAAAUUAGUCGUCAUGGCAAGUCAACAACAAGACGCUGAGAUGGGAGAUGCUACGAAUCUCGUCAUUGUCCUUGCGGGAGAACUCCUCAAAAAGGCGGAGGAGUUGUUAAGAAUGGGCCUAAAAGCUAGCGAUGUGAUCAGAGGGUACGAAAUGGCACAAAAGUUUGCCUUAGCGGAACUCGAGAACCUAGUCGUGGACAAGGUGGAAGAUAUACGAUCACAGACAGAGCUUAGCAAGGCUAUCAGGACGGUCGUAGCAAGCAAGCAGAACGGCAGUGAAGAUUUCUUGGCAGACUUGGUUUCAGAAGCAGUACUCGCCGUGCUGCCAAAGAAUCCCGUCAAUUUCAAUGUUGACAAUAUCCGCGUGGUCAAGAUUAUGGGAGGCAGUUUGGAACAGAGCAGAGUAGUGAAGGGUAUGGUGUUUGGCCGGGAGCCCGACGGAUCUGUGAAGAAGGCAACCAAAGCACGAGUCGGUGUGUUCUCGUGCCCUAUCGACACAAGCCAGACGGAGACGAAAGGAACGGUGUUAUUGCACAAUGCCAAGGAGAUGCUCGAUUUUACCAAGGGAGAGGAGAGCCAACUCGAAGGUGCGAUCAAGGAGCUAUAUGACUCAGGACUGCGCGUCGUGGUCGCUGGAUCCACAGUUGGCGAGCUUGCUAUGCACUACCUGAAUCGCUUUGGCAUCCUAGUUAUCCGUAUCCUCAGCAAAUUCGAGCUCCGAAGAUUAUGCAGAGUCGUUGGCGCAACGCCAUUAGCCAGACUCGGUGCCCCAAUGCCCGAUGAGAUGGGUAGUAUUGAUGUCGUCGAAACGCUUGAAAUUGGCGGGGACAGAGUCACAGUAUUCAGACAGGAGAACGAGGUAACGAGAACAGCUACACUUGUCCUUCGAGGAGCAACCCAAAACCACCUCGACGAUAUUGAGCGUGCUGUUGAUGAUGGAGUCAACGUCGUGAAGGCCAUCACAAGAGAUCCGCGACUGGUGCCUGGUGCUGGAGCAACAGAAUUACAAUUGGUUGAGCGGAUACAAGCAUUCGGAGACAAGACUCCAGGUAUAGCCCAAUACUCGAUCCGCAAGUUCGGUGAGGCAUUCGAAGUCAUCCCACGAACCCUGGCAGAAAGCUCCGGCUUGGAUGCUACGGAAGUACUGAGCAGACUGUACACUGCCCAUCACAAGAGAGAUGACUGGACCACCGGCAUUGAUAUUGAGAAUGAGGAUGGCACUGGAACAUUGGACGCGAAGGACGAAGGAAUUCUGGAUCUCAUGAUUUCAAAGAGCUGGGCCAUCAAGUUGGCCACCGAGGCUGCAAGGACCGUACUCUCUGUUGAUCAAAUUAUUGUUGCGCGACAGGCUGGUGGACCAAAACCUCCAGGGCCCAAUGCUAACUGGGAUGAGGACUAA